AUGGCCACACAGGUGUUGAUAGCCCACACUGGGCAGCGCCUGGAGGUAGAUACCUCGCGCUUCUCAACGCUGGACGACUUGAAGGCAUGGGUUGCCCGCAAUAGCUCUGUCUCUUUGCAGCACAUGGUCGCACUGACGCCCCAGGGCCGAAGCGUCAAGUUUGCGAGCAUGCAUGCCGAGAAAGAGCUCUACGUCUACGACAUUCGAGUCAGUCAACCGGCCGCGGCUGGAUCCUCACCCGCCCUCAGCACCGAAGCGCCACUGCCGCGACCAUAUGUGAUCCCGAACGCCCCUAACUCGAUAGCUGACGCCGAGGAUAUCGAAUCGUGGCGGGAGCUGUACAAGGGGCGCCGCUCCUGGGCCAUUCGUCUCGCCGAGGACAACGGUCGGCUUGACGCCGCGGCCCGCGCGCGUUACGACGAGAUCGACGUCAUGAUAAAGUGUCUCGACGCUGCACUGGCCAAUCUCGAAAUCAGUGUCAAGCAGCUUGAGCCGAAGCACACCGAGCUCAAGAAAUGGGUCGAGCCAGCACUGCUGGAGCAUGACCGCCUGGCAGGCUCCUGGGAGCACUACCUCAACCUCGCCCGCAAUACGCCGAUAUCGCCCGACAUGGUCCAAUUCAUGACCAAUAGAACCUCUGUCAAGGAUGAUCCGACGCUGGAAGACCUCAUUGAGCUGGAGACGGCGAGAAAGGCUGGCAAGCUAGCGCCAACUGCGCGGCGCCGGUUUAGCGACAAGGCCGCGGAGCUGGAAAAGGCGGCCAAGCAAAUGCAUGAAGGCCUGGCAUCGCUCAUUUCCGAUUUCGAGACGCUCACCGGCCGAUCUGCCCCCACUCAUAAUAACGACACGGCGCAACUGCUCGAGGACAUCGAGGUUGUGGUGAAGCAAAUAGACGACGAUUACCGCUCCUCUUUAGCUUAUGGAUCCUCGCAGCGGGAUCUGGCACAGGCGUCCAAAGUCGCAUCCAAUCAUACCGAGAGAUUGAUCCCGAACCUCAAGAAGCGGACCAAAGAGAUGGAUGAAAUGCUCUUUUACGCCACUUCAGCCAGAAAUUCUAUCGCGGCCGAGUCUGUCAAUUUCAUGAAGAUUAUAACCGAGAUCACUGCCCAGCACAGCGGUGUACGCAAUCAAAUCAAUGUCUUGAAUACCUCAGAAGAUGACAUGACAACAUUUGACUACUUGCGACUAAUCCAUCAGCUGCCGUACAUGUACGCGUCCUUUGUUAUCGAGACUAUUCGUCGUCGAGAGUGGGCGGACAAGGUCAAGCUGGAUUCGUCUACGCUCGCCAAUGAGAUGGCACUGUUUCAAGAUGAAGAAGCCAAGAGGCGGCGGAGAUGGCAGAAAAUGGUUGGCAGCACCUAUGGGCCUGGUCUAGACACCAAUGUCAUGGGACUCGAGGUCAACUUGCAUGGAGAUGACGAAGCCUGGCCACUACUGACCAAAAAUGACCUUGACGAUUUCAUUCAGCACCUCAAAGCACAGCAUACUGAUGAGACACUGCUGGAUGAUAUUGACAAGCUGGUGCAAGAGCUUGCAAGUCCGACUAAACAGCAGUCGAAGCGUCUCAAGGCUUUCAAGAAUGGCAGCAUUCACGAGGCAGCUCUGGGAAGAAGUGGUCUUUUGAUCCGCGGAGAUGAUGAUCUACUACGCUCGCUCCAAGAUGACAAGUCAAAACUCGAGAGCAAACUCAAGACUGCAGAAAGUCGGGUGCGACGCCUCGAGGAUUUGCUGCACAGACAGAGCCAGGCCUCCCGGCACGGAAACUUAUUCCAACCUCCGGUCACGCAGCCACAGGAGCGCCCGGGCUCCAGCGCGUCGAUCAGAUCAAAUCGUAUCGAAGACCGUAGACGGUCUUCUGAUGGCGCUGAUCCUCUCCUGCAACGUAUUGCGCAGCUCGAAAACGACCUGCGCGAGGAGAAACAGCGCUCAACCAAUCUCCAAAAAGAUAAUGAUGCCAAGUCCACUCAGUACGACGAAAUGGAAAGCCAGAUGGAGGAGGCAAACUCUAUUAAGAAAGACCUGAUGGAAAACAUGGAAGCACUCAAGCGCGAGUUUGUGGACGAACGCAAAUCCUUGGAAGACGAGAUCAAAGGGCUCAGAGCUCGAUUAGAGGAAACAGAAGACGACAUGGAGCAUUUUGGAGAGUCCCGUGAGAACGAGAAGGCUUCGUACGACGAAAAGAUGCAGGCGCUCGAGGACGAGCUUCAGCGUUUGAAGAAUGAACACAACGACGAGAACUUGAAGUCGCAAGGCCAGGUCGAAUAUCUGCGCAAAGAAACUCAAUUGCAGCGCGAGAAGAUGGACGCCUCAGACCGACUUGUGCAGACUACUAAGGCUGAGCUCCAAAGCGUCACUCGCAAGUUACAGGAAGCAGAAGAGACGGCUGAAAAGCAAACCGACCUUUUGAAGAGGCUUCACCAAGAUACAGCUCCUGGCAGCAAAAUACCUGACAACGCAAUUGAUCUGACGGAAGCUGUUGUCAGCAAGGCUGCGGAUUUGCUCAGCAAAGUGCAAGAUGCUGAAAGAGAGGCCUCUGUGCUCAAGACGAACCUGGAGCAAGCGACAAAUAGCAUCAAAGAAAUCCGCGCCGAGCUUGUCGAAACUCGACUGAAACUUGCUCAAGAAGAAAUGGCCACCAUGCAUCUUCGCGAGAAUCUGGCUGAAGAGAAAGCUAAGGUUACCGCUCUGGAAGGCGAGCUCAACGAGGGCAGGGAACAGCUCAGCACGCUGCGCGGUCAGCUUUCAGACGGCGAGACGGGCUCGGAGACGCUGCAGAAGAAGCUGGAAGCUACUGAACGCAAAGUCUCCGAAUUGACUGAAGAUCUUGCCUCUCGACAGUCGCGCGUGGGCAGCCUCGAAGAAGAGGUGAACAUGUUCAAAACCAAAAUGGAGACUGUGCAAGAAAAGCUGUCAUUGUCAACGAGUCAUUACGAAGCCCGAGACGAGAGAACAAAGGAACUGACUCAGAAAGUGUACUCUCAGAAUGACCGUUUGACACGCCUCCUGGAGCGCAUUGGCUAUUCUGUUGCCCGUGAGGGCCUUGAGAUGACUGUGACCAAGGUUCCCCGUGCCGAGAGACAGGGGCAGAGCGCACACGAUUUGUCCGAUCCCUCUUCAUCUGUCAAGCGAUCAACAAGCCUCAGCAAGCCCAUAUCUAACAGCACCGAUCUUGAGCUUUUAUACUGGAUGGAUAGUAGCAAUGCUGCGGCCGAAGAAGACAGGUAUUCUUCAUUCAUGCAGUCGCUCGGAUCAUUCAAUAUGGAAUUGUUUGCCGAUACAAUCUACCACAGAAUCAAAGAAGCCGAGCACAAAGCUCGCAAGUGGCAGCGCGAAGCCAAGACAUACCGCGACAGGGCUCAUGUUCAUCAGAGGGAUGCUGGGGACAAAAUUGCCUAUAGGCACUUCAAGGAAGGCGACCUUGCGCUAUUCCUGCCGACGCGUAACCAGCAGGCGGGAGCCUGGGCUGCCUUCAAUGUGGGCUUUCCUCAUUAUUUUCUGCGCGAGCAGGAUUCACAUAAGCUUCGACACCGAGAGUGGCUGGUGGCCCGUAUCACCCGCAUACAGGAAAGAGUUGUAGACCUGUCCAAGAGUAUGACUGGGAGUAGAAUGGGGAAUGUCAUUAAUGAGGAGAAUGACAAUCCUUUCCAGCUCUCUGAUGGACUACGUUGGUACCUCAUUGAUGCUCAAGAGGACAAGCCUGGUGCGCCCACGACGCCGGGCAUGGGAAAAUCCACAGUCGCCGCGAAUAACGUGGAAGCGACUGCCAACAUCCAGUCUCAACCGGCCCGCGCCAAGGGCAAGAAUCGCGACAGCAUCAGCAGCAUCGAGGGCAUCAACAAGACGUUGUCAAAGAGCCUCGAGAGCCGCCGUAGCAGCUCCAACUCUAAGAAGGUGCCCUUUUCGAUUGCCGGCGGAACGGCGCUUCUUAAGAGCAGUGCGCUGGCCAGCGAGACGGACUCUCUGCGUGCAACGGCGCCAGAGACUCCGGCAGGCACCAGCCCGUCCCAGCCGUCGCCGCUGGGUGCGCUGGCGGCCAAGCAGCAGGCCGACGAAGGAGCAGCCGCUGUGGGCGAGGGCCCAUCAAGCGCCAACAAUGCAGCCGAGAUUCGAAGCAGUGUACAGCGAGAAGAAUCUACUGAGAGCACCGACAAGAGGUCCAUGGUGUGGGAUUCGCUAUGGAGUGUCGACUACAGCUACGAGAGCCCGAAGAAGUAG